AUGAUUGCAAUAUCUAAAAUUGCUGUUCUAUACUUAACGAUACAAUUAAGUAAUAUUGUGUUGUGUCAUGAGUUCGUGAAAACAGUGUCAAUAACAAAGGAAUUUCAUCACGCACAUCAUUUACUUCAUCCAUUUUCUAUUAUCAAAGAAAAAAUAACACCAUUUGGUAAAUUCAGUUAUAAACAUACAAUUGCAAAGAGAGAUUUAGAAAAUGGACCAUCAGAAGAAAGUGGUCAAUCUGAGACUCUUGUUGAAACAAAAGAAAAAGUUUCACAAUCUUCAAAUCAACAUUCCGAUGUAUUGGUAACACAUAUAAAGUACCAAAAUGGGAAGCCAAUCGAAACCUUAAAGUUGCACUCGAUAGUAUUACCUUGGAGUAGUGAAAACCAAAAUGAAGAGAUUAUAGUACAGCCUUUAGUUGGUAUCACUGAUAUAUUAAAUGGAGGGUUGACAUCUGAGAAAAACUCUAAAAUCAUAUCUGAAACGUCCUCAACAAAUUCAGAAGUUAUAGAAACUACACCCGAAAAAAGGGAUGCAGAACCGAAAGCAGAAGUGGCAGAGGUUGAAUCACUAAAAGAUUCAGUAGAAAGUGUAAAUGUAGACAAAAGCUUAGAAAAAGAUAAAGAAACACUAGAGUUGUCUGCGGCUAAAGAAGUGCAUUCCGAAAAAAGUAAAGAAAUAUUAGAAUCAACUGAAACUGCUAAAAAAAGUACAGAAAAUCAAAAAGAAGAUUUAAAAGUACCUGAAGCUACAGAUAACAUUUCUGGUACAAUAGUUAAAUCAGAAGGUGAGGUAUCAAAUACAGAUGGUAAAGAUGAAUUAAAAAUAGAUGGCAGCAAAACUACUGAGACAGUUGAAUUGACCGCAGGCGCUUUAAAAUCCAAUGAAGGUAUAGUUGAAAAAGAGAAAUUGCAAAUAGAACUCACUAAAAUAGCGGAUGUAAAAGAAAACAAAAAAGAUGAAGUCUCUUCAAAAGCCUCUGAAUCUGCAGAUUUAGUAGCAGCUGAAUCAAAUGCAAUUGACAAGAAUGUUGAAAUAGUAGAAACAUCUCCUCCACCCAAACAAGAGGCUUUAGAAGUAACACCUGUUUCCGAGCAACCUAUUCCUGAAAAAACAGUAGAAGUAACAUCGAAGCCUAUUGAGAGGUUUGUGCCAGUGAGUCCGUUGCCAGCCCCUGCUUAUAUUCCUCUGUAUACAGAUAUAAGAACACCAGUCCCAAUACCCGUGGAGAGCAUAGCACAAGAAGUUCCUCCAGUAGCCCCUGAGGUAGUUCCUGCUGUUGAUACAGGAAUAGAAGUAAUUGUACCACCUCCUCCCGCACCACCAGUUAAUACCGCAACUACUGUUAUCGAGACUCAACAGUCUCCUAAUUUGUUUUCUAGAGGGUCAAGGUUUUUACUAAACGUAAGUUCUGUAAUACUUAAGAAACUUAUGCGUCUCGUUACCAGCGCUCGUUCUAACUUAAAUGAUCUAUCUUUAUCUAGACUUACUGAUUGA